GUCUGGCCAGCAGCAAACCAGAAGCAGUGGAACCAGGGAAGCAGCUGGAAAACCUGGGAGCAGGGAAGUUUUUCACAGCUUGAUUGGGAAAGGGCAUCCAAAUCCAAGGGGAAAGAAGACGCCGUGACUGCUGGGAAAAACAAGCAAAGAAUGGGGACCAAGGAUGGAGAGACACCCAAAGAAAUAAGUGACAUGGAAAACCCCCCCCAGGAGAGGAAGCUGUACCUGCAGGAGGAAUGCAGGAUCCUCACAGAACACCUAGACACGUACCUGGGAAGAGCGGAGCAGCUCCUGCAGGGAAACAAAUGCCUGGAAAAGGAAGCCCAGGGGAGUCAGGAGCAGAACCAGGCUUACCUGUCCUGCACAGCAAAGUGCAGCCAGGACCCCCCGCAUAUGGUUAUCACCCUGAACGACCAGAAUUGCCGGGAUCUGGCCCAAAUCCAGGCGCAGAAGGAGGAGCUGAUCCCACAGUAUGCUGUGAAGGAGCAGGAGGUGAGGAGCUCCCUGCAGGACACGGAGGCCGAGGUUGCACUCCUGGACACGGAACUGGAGGAGCUGGAGCCGUACAGGGACCUGUUAGUCCAGGCGGAGCAGAGGGUGAAGGCGCUGGAGAAAGAAUUGCGAGUCACCAGGAUACGGUGUGCUGAGGAAACCCACGCCAUCAGGAGCAGGUUCCUGCAGGAAAAGGCUGAUUGUGAGCAGGAAUUCCACCAGAGGAUGCAGGAGCUCACCUGCAGAGCACAGGAAGUGGCGCUCCAAGCUCUGAUCCAGCACGUGGAGCAGGUGAAAGCAGAGAACGGGCACCUGCGCCAGGAGCUGCUCGGCCUCCUCCAACACUGCCAGCUCCUCAAGGACGCCAAAAUCCGGCUGCAAGAUCAGCAGGAGCAGCUGCUCCGGGAGCACCAGUGCGCCCAGCAGGCAGCACUGCUCACACCAGCACGAAGCCCACGGCGCCGCUGGGACCGCCUGCUGCACUCACCCGCCAGGGGUGGCCACUGACCCCAAACCGCCUCUCUGUGACCUGGAGGAAAUAAACGUGGAAGCAACCAAAUCCUUUUGGCAGUGGAAGAACGGAGGGGUUUGACCUCUGGUCACAAGGAUCCAUAGAAUAUAUUUAUGGACUAGA